AGUGCUGGAAUAGAACAGUCUGAGCUUAUAGGCAGUUGUAGACGCGAGAUCCAGUCGUUCUGUUGGUUGACGCACGCACUGUGUUGGCAUUGGCGCUCCAAGUCAGCUAUUAUCACUGCAUUUUCGUACUGUUCCUAUUAUGACAAAUACGUAUGUGUGUCGUACCUCUGAUAUUAAAACUGGAUUGAUAAGACUUUUGUCGUAGAGGGGUAGUGGUAUGGAGAACACUUAGACAUCCAUCUGGCAUGAGCCACGCACUUUGGGAAGGUGUGGAUUGUCUAUGUGGCUACUCUAAUUUUAUUCUCAGAAAAAGGCAUCUUUAUACCUAACAAAGUCGUAAUGGAUUUAAACAAUUUCGGAAACGCGGUGCUUUUCACGUUCCACAUCAUCUUCUGCAUAUUGAAAGCAUGCUUGGGGUUGUUGCUCCCGAGCAGACGGAAAGAUCUUCGCGGAGAGGUGGUAUUGAUCACCGGCGGUGGACGGGGCAUCGGUCGGCAUUUGGGGAAAGAGUUUGCAAAACAUGGAGCAAAAAAGUUGAUCCUGUGGGGCCGCACUGAGAGGUGUCUGAUGGAGACCUGCGAGGAGAUCUCUCUCACCACCGGAGCCGAGUGCCAUUACUUCCUGUGUGACGUGGCCAAUCGGGAGGAGGUGUACAAGCAGGCCAAGGUGAUCCGAGAGAAGGUGGGCGAUGUCACCAUUCUAGUGAAUAACGCCGCAGUGGUUCAUGGGAAGAGUCUGAUGGCCAGUGACGAUGAUGCUCUGAUGAAGACUCAACACAUCAACACGCUGGGCCAGUUCUGGACCACCAAAGCCUUCCUACCCCGCAUGCUAGAGCUUUGCCAUGGCCAUGUGGUGUGUAUCAACUCCAUCCUGUCCCUGUCCUCCAUCCCGGGGGCCAUAGAUUAUUGCACCUCCAAGGCCUCGUCCCUGGCGUUCAUGGAGAGCCUGACCCUGGGCCUGCUGGACUGCCCUGGGGUGGGCUGCACCACCGUGCUCCCCUUCCACACCAACACUGACAUGUUCCAGGGCAUGAGAGUCAGGUUCCCUCAGCUCUUCCCCCCGCUAAAUCCUGAGCUGGUGGCCCAGCGGACGGUGGACGCAGUCCGGACCAACACUCCGUUCAUCUACUUACCUUGGACCAUGCAUGCUCUCGUUAUUCUCAAGAGCUUCCUGCCUCAGGCAGCUCUGGAGGAGAUCCAGCGUUUCUCAGGGUGCUACACCUGCAUGGACACCUUCAAGGGACGUACAUAAGAACGGAGAGGCUACACACGAGUAGUGGGCAUCAGAAGCACGAACAUUGUGGCUUGGCACUAAGAACCGCACAACAGCUUCCUAUCAAAUGAGUGGAAGUAUCUCCAAGACAACAGAGGCCUUAGGAACUAUGGGUACUUGGGGUCACAGUGCCCUGAUGGUGCAAGAAGAGAUUUGCUGUGGAAUCUUGAAUUGAAUAGUGGUGUUUGGGUUGGCAGAUUGGGUGGCCCCAAACUGAUUUCUAUGCUGCUUGGAGUUGGUUGGUGUUUCCUCCAAAGCCUUUCAGUUUGGGAUCAUGGCCUAAGCACCAGAUGGACUGGUAUUCAGAACUGAUCAAGCCUUACCACUGUGGUUAACUUCCCAUCUGUCUUACUAAUGAUACCAUUACUAAUUUGAAAAUGCAGAGAUUAGGUUGAAUGGAUUGUACUCUGUAUGUUAACAAAUGAGUAACAUCUGGUAGUUGCAUUUCACCCCCAAAAAAGAAAAAACUGGUGUUAAAUCUGUAUUCAAUAGUCAUAUUUUGGGGGAUUUACCACUUGACAGUAUUGUGAAUAUGCUGUCUUGUGUUUGCGCAGAUCCAGUCUUGAGUUUUUUAUUUUUAUUGUCUGCUAAAGACUCCAGCCUUCUCAUGGUCAACAUUCCUGUGCUGCAGCCCUGCCAAUUGUGAGCUCAUUGUUCGUUUUGUAAGGGUUGUCAUAACACUCUCUGCUCCAUAGGAAAGUAUACCGGAGAAGUUCCUUCCAUUUGAAGACCCAUAGAAAUGGUUUCAGGGGGACACAGGCAAUACAAUCAACUUUCUCAGAUUCAUCAUUCAUUUGACCCUAUACUGUGCCUACUGAACACACUUGUUGGUACCCUCUUUAUCUGUCCCUCUCGGCUCUGUCUUAAUCUUCUUUAGUAUGGUCAUCCAUCUGGAGCACAGACAGCUGGAGAAUCAUACCUGGCCUGGUGGGCUCUAUUGUCCAAUAUCAGUUUUCCCACAUUAUGUUGAACUUCGGGUUAUCUAGGGUUACGGUGGUUAUGGUUAGCAUCUUAAGUAGGCGUAGAUAUUGAACAUUCAAUGAUGUAUCUUGAUCAAAACUUUCUCCCAUUCAGGAAUUCUUUGAUAAAACAAACUCACUUGGACACAUUUAGUGCACAAAAGCAAGGGAGGCACAAUCAUACUGUUUUAGACCAGAAAUGUUUCAGAAUGGAAUGGUCCAACCAAUGAUGUGGUGUGUGUGUGUGUGUGUGUAUAUACACCUUGGAUUGCAGAUGCUAUGUAAUGCCCAAUGGGAGGCUUUGAAGCCACCAGUUGGCCAUAUUGGCACUCCCCAGUUGGAGCAGCCCUCCAUAAAAAUGAAUGGAAUUCCACAGUAUUUCAAUUAAAUGUUUCAAGGAUAAAAUAA